GGUCCUUUUUACUUCUCCUUUAUUUUUUAUAUACUUCUUUUGAUGACCUAAACAGUAAGGGCAAAUUUAGGGAUUCUUGUUUAAUGAUCUCUAACAAUCACGCCACAAUUUCUUUUGUAUAAUUUUGUGUUCCGGGGCAAAUUGAAUCUCCCUGUAAAUCUAAAUGUUAAUGUAUUUAUUGUCUAUUCCUGGUUCUUGAGUGCUGGUAUUCCUGUGAAGAAAGGCCUGAAGCAUUGCUAUACAAAAUGGUCCUCACAAACUUCAACGGCAGUGGUGUAGGUUUUGGUUUUGGCAUUGGUUGUGGUUUUGGAGUUGGAUGGGGUUUUGGGGGUGUGCCUUUGAAUAUCUUGGGGCUGGGCAUGGGGGGAGGUUGUGGAGUUGGACUUGGCCUUGGUUGGGGCUUUGGAACUGCCUUUGGAUGUCAAUACAGGAAUUCUGAGAUCACGUUUCAGGGUAAUGAUUUCCACAGCUCAAAGGUUCAGAGGGAGGGGACGAUGCCGCCAAAUUCUGCCAAAUCAUGUUGUGAAUGACGUUCCAAUAUCAUUAUUGCCUCUUGCUGACAUUUUAGAGCAUAUACUAGGAUAGGCUCCACAGUCACUGAAAUAUACAUUUCUUUAUAAUUUUCUUUAUUGCAUUUCCUAUAUCUAGCUGUCACAUGAGCAUUUGCGCACUUGGUGUUGCUUGUUUAGUAUACUUGCAUAGUUCAUGCCUA